AUGGUGAAAUUAGAGAUGACCUCAUCCCCAACACCAGGGUUGUCAUCACUUUCCGGCGAAAAAUCCUCUCAGCCCCCGGAAAAUUCAAGUCCGCCAGCUAAGAAAAAACGCAGUCUUCCUGGGAUGCCAGAUCCGGAUUCUGAAGUAAUCGCGCUGUCCCCAAAAACGUUGAUGGCGACCAACCGAUUCGUUUGUGAAAUCUGCGGGAAGGGUUUCCAGCGCGACCAGAACCUGCAGCUCCACCGGCGGGGCCACAACCUCCCGUGGAAGCUCCGGCAGAGGACGGUCAAGGAUCCGAGGAAGCGGGUCUACGUCUGCCCGGAGCCGUCGUGUGUCCACCACGACCCCUCGAGGGCCCUCGGCGACCUCACAGGGAUAAAGAAGCACUUCUCCCGGAAGCACGGCGAGAAGCGGCUCAAAUGCGAGCGCUGCUCCAAGAAGUACGCCGUCCAAUCCGACUGGAAGGCGCACAUGAAGACCUGCGGGACAAAGGAGUACCGCUGCGAUUGCGGCACUUUGUUUUCCAGGAGGGAUAGUUUCAUCACGCACAGAGCGUUCUGCGAGGCGCUGGCGCAGGAGAGCGCCGCGGCGCGAGCCCGGCCUCCGGCGGUCGCUAGCUCGGGCGGGGAGUCGGCGGCACCGGCCGGUGCCGGUUCGAGUCCGGCUCUUUCGCCGCUCACACCUCCUGCCGGUGUGUUGUCGUCCCCAGUGCUGUCCGUGCAAAGUUCAGCUGAGCUGCCGGAAAAUCAAACCACCCACGUACCAACUUCAACCACCACCGUUGCCGCCAUGUUCAACUCGUCAUCAUCAUCAUCAUCUUUCUUAGGCCCGGGUGGGCCCAUCGUGGACCCUAUAUCUCUCUCGCUAUCCAACUCCUUGUACGCUACAUCAGCAUCUUUAUUCACAUCCUCCACGGCCCAAAACAAUCAUUACGUCCCAUGCCUAGACCCGGCCCUAUCCGCCACGGCCUUGCUUCAGAAGGCGGCCCAGAUGGGCCCAAUCUCAUCCAACCCUUCAUUCCUCCACGGGCUCUGGCGAGAUCAUCAUAUCUCCACAUUAAUGGCCCCCGCAGCAGCUUGUCCCCCUCCACCAUCAUGUGGUGUGAAGCUCGAGAAGAACUUGAUGGCAUCUGGGCUUGGGCUCGGGCCUCCGUCCAGUGGGUCAUCGGGUAGUUUUGGUAAUGAACUGAUGACAGGCCCAUCCGGUAUGUUUGGGAAUAAGCCGGCAACGCUAGAUUUUCUUGGGCUAGGCAUGGGACGAGGCAGCGAAGGGCCCGAGGUAUCUCUUGGGCUUUCUGCCCUUUUUAGCCCGAUCAGUGGCGGGAUUGACAUGACGGCUGCUUCGUUUUCCGGUCUUAGGCCCGGUGGGGACGGUUGGGAUGCGGAUUCAUCUGAGAGUAAACCUUCCAUUUUGUAG